UUUAAUGAAACACUGCACAAUCCAGUUUAAAUUGACAUUCGUGGGAAAAAAAUAUCUAUUAUUAAUAUCGAUUUAUAUCAGAAUAUAUAUCGAUUUUUCGACAUAUCGAUAGUUUUUGCAAAUCCUAUCUAUAAUGGCCCGUCAAAGAAAAGUUUGACGUUGCGUUCUAUAAUAGUGUUUGUUUAUUACCUAAAGACCUUUAGCUUAUUAGUUUUGAUUGGUUUAAAACUACAUUAAAACACGAAAGUGAUAAUUAAUCAGAAUCUUAAUUUUCAUUAAUCAACCGAUAAAAAUGCCAAAAGUAGUAUCGAGAAGUAUCGUAUGUUCAGACACCAAAGAUCAGGAAGAAUAUAAUGAAACAAAACCUUUACACAUUUACUACUGCUUAUGCGGCCAAAUGACCCUCAUAUUGGACUGUACGAUAGACCGUCUACCGUUGAGGCCUACUGAUGGAGCUCGUGUUAUAGAUGGUUCAAAGCAUGCACACAAAAUCACUUCUGAUCCUGAUGAAAUUGUUUACUUGAAAAGAGAAAAAGGAAUAGAGAGGCAAUAUAGAUUAAAAUGUAAGAAGUGUGCUAUACCUCUGUAUUAUAAACAUGACCAAGAAGCUAAUAUUGUAUUUAUUAUGAGAGGAGCAUUAGUGCAAUCCACUGGUGAGGGCGGUGUUACAGAUAUAUACAAACAGGUAGCAUUAGCCCAACCAAAGAAAAUAAUGGUCACCAAACAUACUAAGAACAUGGGUAAAUUCAGUUCUGUAACAGUGUCAACAAUAGAUGAGGAAGAAGAUGAGAUUGAAGCUAGGGAAGUGGCAGACAGUUAUGCGAACAAUGCCAGGAUUAUUGAAAAGCAGUUGGAACGCAAGGGUAUGAACAAGAGACAAGCUGAAACACCAGCCCAGACAUUAGAGAAGAGAGCUAGGGGCACCUUGAUUGAUAAAUAAAUACUGUUAUAUUUGUUUGAAUUAGUAAUGAUGUUUCUUUUAAAUCUUAUUACAGAUUGUCAUAAAACUUCUUCCUUGAACAUUUGAAUCCAAACCAGAACAUCAAUAUUAAUAUUCAAUUCAGUGAUUGGUUUAAAUGUUUGAGUUUUUUUUCUAUUGUUAACACAUUUUGGUGUGGUAACUGACACAGCACUCUGUAACUGUAAAUAGCAAGAAUUAUAAACAUGUUUUAUAAAUACCAAAUAAGUGGAAAUAAGUCUAGAAAAACUAGUGAUAUUUUAAAAUGUGUAAUGUAUUAAAUGACAAAUAUUGAUUAUACAAAUCACUAUAUAACUGUAAUGUUAAAUAAAAAUACAGAAUAUUGAUUCUCACUUUUUUUUAUUAUAUGAAAACAAUUUUACAAUAUCCCUUUAAAACAAAUAAAAUAUAAUGAAUUAAUAAUGUCUCAAUUUCAUUUGAUUGAUGGAAUAAAUAUAUCUUUCAAUUGUAAUUUUUUCCAUUAUUUACACAUUUAUGUACAAUUUUGUAAUUUGAUUACUAGCCGCCAUGCUAGCAUUGAAAAAUUACUACACAAGAAACAAAUUUGAGUAUGGAUUACAAUUUUUACAUUAUUUACAUAAAAUCUAUUAUAAUAAAAGUAUUGUAGAUUUGUUGUCGCAUAUUAAUUUGGAUCUGCUACAAUUUCCAAUAUUUUUUAACAAGUCUUAAACAAAUGGAAGUUCACAUUAGAAAAAGAAGAUUGUUAAUAAAGUCUAAACAGGAUAUACAGUGUGAAGUGAUUGAACAACACUGUCUUCCACCUAGCAUUCAAAAAUAUUGUAGUCAAAUAAAAUCAAAUUAUAGAGUUUUGAAACUGAAUAAACUGCUAUGCUUCUCAUUUAC